CUACCCUUUGGGGGUGAAGAGGAGCCACGGGAGACUUGGAAAGUUCAUGGUUCAACCCCAUGGAUCUCCAGGACUAAAUGGUUAAUUGGCCACGUAGCGACCGAGCCCAGAACCCAAAAUGAAUAAUUCAACGUCCUUGAACUCCACCGAUGAUGGGCUGGUUCUGGGGAGCCCCUAUAAAACCGUGGAAGUGGUGUUCAUCGUUCUGGUCGCCGGAUCCCUGAGCCUGGUCACCAUCAUCGGGAACAUCCUGGUCAUGGUCUCCAUCAAAGUCAACCGGCACCUCCAGACGGUCAACAACUACUUCCUGUUCAGCUUGGCCUGCGCGGACCUCAUCAUCGGCGUCUUCUCCAUGAACCUGUACACGCUGUACACUGUGAUCGGUUACUGGCCCCUGGGGGCCGUAGUGUGUGACCUGUGGUUGGCCUUGGACUACGUGGCCAGUAACGCUUCCGUCAUGAACCUGCUCAUCAUCAGCUUCGACCGGUACUUCUGCGUCACCAAGCCGCUGACCUAUCCAGUCCGGCGCACGACCAAGAUGGCAGGCAUGAUGAUCGCGGCGGCCUGGGUGCUUUCCUUCAUCCUGUGGGCCCCCGCCAUCUUGUUCUGGCAGUUCAUCGUCGGGGUGCGGACUGUCAAAGAAGGAGAGUGCUACAUCCAGUUCUUUUCCAACGCCGCCGUGACCUUCGGCACGGCCAUAGCCGCCUUCUACCUGCCCGUCAUCAUCAUGACGGUCCUGUACUGGCACAUAUCCCGGGCCAGCAAGAGCAGGAUCAAAAAGGACAAGAAAGAGCCGGUGGCCAAUCAGGAUCCGGUCUCUCCCAGCCUGGUCCAGGGGAGGAUAGUGAAGCCCAGCAACAAUAACCUGCCCACCGGAGAUGACAGGCUGGACCAUGGCAAAGUGCAGAACGGCAAGGCCACUGGGGAGGCCAGCCUGGAAGAUUGCAUCCCGGGGGAAGAGAAAGAGAGCUCCAAUGACUCCACCUCGGUCAGCGUUGUCGCUUCCAACAUGAGGGAGGAAGAAGUCGGCAGAGAGACCGGACAGGGGGCCGCCUCCCAGGGACGCUCCAAAGCGGACAACUCCCAGUUCAAGGGCAUCCGCAUAGUGACCAAGACUGAGAAGGGCGACUGCUGUGCCCCCAUCCACGUUUCGGCGGAGGUCGCGGGGGCCCAGGGCCAGAACGGGAACGACAGGCAGAACGUAGUGGCCCGCAAGAUUGUCAAGAUGACCAAGCAGCCGGCCAAGAAGAAACCGCCCCCUUCCAGAGAAAAGAAAGUGACGAGGACUAUCCUGGCCAUUCUCUUGGCCUUCAUCAUGACCUGGACCCCGUACAAUGUCAUGGUGCUCAUCAAUACCUUCUGCGCCACCUGCAUCCCCAACACGGUCUGGACGAUAGGCUACUGGCUCUGUUAUAUCAACAGCACCAUCAACCCCGCUUGCUAUGCCCUGUGUAACGCCACCUUCAAGAAGACCUUCAAACACCUCCUUUUGUGUCACUACAAGAACAUAGGAGCCACGAGGUAAAGGGUGACAAGGGAAAGAGCUUGGAAAAAACAAAAAGGGGGAGGGACAGGGAAGGGGUGGAGGAGAAGGGAAGGACAGAUUCCCAGUUUUAAAAACUCUGCCACAGCACUUUACGCUCUUCAUACGGAACGGGCGGUCCCAACGUCCGAUGGAGAAAUUCACUGGGGGCCGGCUCUCUCUGCCAUCGCUGGAGGACUCCCCUUUAACUUCCUUUUCGGUCUGGGAUCGGACCGGGACUGAGAAGAUUGUUGGGAGGAUAGGAGCCGGUGGUCGGCUUGGACUUGACGUACUGAUCAUACUACUGUGAGGAAGGGCUUUCUGACUCUCCAGUUGUGUCCGUUCCUGUACAAUAACAAUACCCCCACCUCUCCCCAGUUUGGGUUUUUUUUUUUUUGGUUUAUUACUAAGCGUUCGUCUGAAAAACAUAUAUGUACACAUACCAACCUGUUUGGAAAUCUGUUUGAUGAGUAGAUAAGAAAAUAAGUCAGGGAGACAAAGGGGCUGAGAGAGAGUCUGCUAAGCUUGAGGAUAACUGGGUUACUUUGGUCAGGAUCUGGCUUGGAGAAAGCGAAUGUAACAAGAGGCCGUGUUUGCUCCCAUUCACCUCUUUCCCAUCGCCCAAAGGAGACCCACAGAAAAAGCACCAGAAAAAGCUGGUAUAAAACCCCAAGCAUUGGGAGAAUCUCCUGGCUUCUUUGGUGUCUGGCUGGCCAAGCUUGGACAGAGAAGAUGGAGAACUAACUCUGCCCUUUGAGCCGACUUGGGUCCAUGUAAGCCAAAGCUUUUGAGGACUUGGUUCAUUUAAAGCACCUUUUAUCUCCUCGGCCUUUCCUGCCCCUAUACCUCGAUGCGACUCAGCAACCUGCCCUGGGUACGAUGAUGAGGACACAGAGUCACCUGUGCAUUUAGGGCCUUCAUCAAAUUAGUUGUCGGAGAGUUUGGCUAGAAGAAACCAAUGGAGACCGCGUGGAUUUAUAUCACAGUUAUGAGCAAUGGGCCAAGGGGACCGAAGGGAGAGAGGUGAUGCGGGCCUGAAUGGGUUUGAGCAUGUGUCUGACUGUUACAUCUGAAAUCUUAGCAGAAAGAGGUACGGUCACGUAUUCAGAUCCAGUCAGCAGAGGGACACGGCUAUUUCUCGCCUUGGACGGUCCAGCUAAGCGUGCUCACCAUCGAAGUUCAGUACAGUUGGGCCUCUAAAUCAGAGGUAACCUCCUCCUCCUCUCUCCCACCUCCCAGAUCGGUCGAGCAGGUGGCCAAUCAUGGUUCAUAUGAUGACCAGCAGUGGAGCAUCUAGGGCUGGAGCAUUGGAAGUUGACACCUCAGGUGCUCUUUCGUGGGAUUGCGGCCCCCUAUGUUGGUGGAGCCUAAAGAUUACUUACAACAGUCAUUCUGCUCAUCAGACAUGGAAACUGGGAGAUGGAGCAGGGGCCUCCACUGUGCUGGGCAAACAUAUGCUAACUAAUCUGUGUCCCUUUCUGCCAUAUUUCUGCAAUGCCAACUCCAGGGCCAUCCCACCGCCAUGAGUGUCACUCUAAGGCAGGAGGCCAACUGUUUAAUCUCUGGAUUAUCAUAGUCACCUCAAAUGUUUCCUGGCUCUGGCCCCAGACAACAGAUUUCCAAGCCUUUCCUCUUCUCCAGGCCCUGGUGCCCUGUUGCUUUUGUGAUAGUCUGUAGCGGGGCAGCAACGAGAAAGGAGAGAGGAGUUUAAGGAGGUCCACUAAGAGAGCAGAUUCCAAAUGCCAAUCGAACGUUGCCAAUUCUGUCUCCAUCGGAUCUGCUUCAGGAUCCUCCUGGCUAAAAAAUGACGAGUCCUUCUGUAAUAAUGUCUGUUAUGGCCUAAAAGAAAACAGGACCAACUCAGUACAGUCUCACAGAUGAAUGUAAGUGGAUUUGUCAGCUUCUCUGAGCUUCCACAGCCACACAGGUUGCUGCCAUGAACUGUAUUAUCCAAAGAGCGGCAUUAUAGAGUCCUUCCUUUUAAGAUGGUUCCAUUUUAAUCCAAAUGUAUGGAAGCAUUGUGCGGACUGACAUUCACCCAGGAGAAAGCCAGUGACGUCCUAGGUUCUUAUUUGUGGUUCAAACACGUGAUACAGUUAUAGCUGGGUAAAGUACCAAGAUACAUAGUCUUCCAAGCCAGAUUUCAAAACGAUGGCCUUUUGCAUUCUCAAGAUACUCACCUAGGAAGCUUAAUCUUUCUUCCUUCCUCCAUAUCAAAUUAGGGUGCGUCUCAUUGAAGGUAACACUAUCCCCCAUUUCAUGUCCAGAAGUGAAACUCCAAAUUCGGUAUCCGACAGGAUGAGGAAAUGGUCAGAUGUGACAUAGGGAGGUGACCAUCUGACUUUUCAUUUUAUUGUGGUGUAGUUACCCUGCUGGGGAUGCAAAGCAAGGUCUCUAUUUAGAUCUAGCAUCAUUCCCAUGGACACUAUUCAUGAUGUUAUAAAUUCUCGUUCUGUCGUUCUGAUUAUAAGUUGUCAAGGAAAUGAAUGCUCACCAGAGGUCUGCCACAGUCUUGGUAGCUCAGUGAGACUUGAACUUACAUGAUACUCUAUUGGUUGGGUGAAAGAGGGAUUCUAGAGCUUCUGUGAUACUUUACUAGUGAGGAGAGAAUCUAGAGCCUCUGUGAUAGUCUACUAAGUUGAAAGAGAGGGAAAUCUAGAACUUCUGUGAUACUCUACUAGUUGGGGGAGAGUGAGUCUAGAGCUUCUGUGAUACUCUACUGAGGAGAAAUGAGUAUGGGAAGGUGAAAAACUAAGUUCAGUAAGAACUGUUCCUCUUCUGGUAGACUAAAUAAUCUCCAUCCCAAAAGGAUGGUGAGAACCCAAAUUCCAGAACAUGUUUUUAUCCAAAAAAGUGACUUCUCCUAAAGCCUCUGCCAACUCUUGCCUCCCAAUGAAUAAGUUACAUUCCUAAAGGGCUUUUUAGGGUUCACUGCUCUAAGGAGCAUAUUUCACCUUUCUCUCUUGACCUUCACCCAGUCCCCAUUUUUAAGAGUUAGGCUACAGUAUUCCAUAUCCGUCUGGAUUUUGGAAUAAAUCUUUUAACAUAAAAUGGCAUUUUACUACAGCCCUGAAACUUUGUCUGUUUUAGUUUUGGUAUUUGCUAAGUGCUUCUUACGUACCAAGAGCUGGAGUAAAUAGAAGAUAAUUGGAUUGAAUAGUCUCAGUCCCAGUCGAGACUUAUAGUCUCAGGGGCAGGGAAAACAGAUAUCUUUAUCUCCACUUUACAGUUGAGGAAACUGAGGCCCUGGCAGGGUUAAGUGACUUGCCCAAGGACCUCUAGCAGGCAAGGGCUGAAAUGGAAUUUGAACUCAGGUCUCCUGAGUCCUGGAUCCCUGGUCUUUCCACUCGGUCAUGGCUGUUCCUUGCUUCUCUGUCCAUAGCACGAGCUGGAACCCAGAGAAAGCAUUUCAGCACUUAGUACAAUGCUCUGCAUACAGUAAGCACUUAAUAAAUACAAUUGAAUCAAUUUCAGAAAGAUUGGAGGUUCGGGAUUAGCAGAGCUCAUAGUGUCCCCAUUUGUUUGGUCAUCCCUAGUUUUUAUUAGUUUAUUAAUCUCCUUUUCCACAAUCUCAACACUGAAGACUAGAGAAGUUCCCAGUGUUGGUUGAAUGGUGCAGUGUAUUUUCAGCAUGUGUAUACAAUCCCAGGCCUCUUAACUGUGCUUGUCUCAACAGGGUGCACGAUGCAGCAUGGAUCGUGUGUGCAUUGGCUGUUAUAUUACUGGAAUGAGCUGUGUGCAUACAGUACACGCACUCUACAUGAAGUAACGGACGUGUACAGUGUGUAUCCCUAUCAGUGUAUGCAUCGAUAAACUGUACACCCGAUCUAUGUAAUAUGGCAUAUAUUGCAUAAGAAGAUGUGUCGAUCUGCUUUCCGAAUAGCAGAGGUAGAUGUUUGUGCUCCCAUUUAUUCACGAGAUAUAGUAUUUUUUUUAACAGAGAAGAAUCAAGCAAAUAAGGCCAAAACCAUACCUAUAUGAAACUGUUUUAUAAUCUCAAAUAGCAUGGCACUGAUUUUCAUUAUCUCUUAGAAAAAAAAGAAUAAAUCUACUGCUGAUCUAGACUGAUGUGACAAUAGCAUUUUGUGCUUGUGUGUCCCCUCCUACUCCACGGUAACAUUCGUUCCGGCUAAACUGUCCAUCUAACGGCACCGAUCUUCACCGAUCUUGCGCUUGUGGCUUGUUGGUGGGGAAUCCAGUCCAGUCUUCAAGUUCCUCGCUACCCUCCUCGGCUUUGGGGGUCACAGAGCGUGAAGAGGAAAGUGAUUUGGCGAAGACUGUUCAAAGGAUAAUGGCAGAGGAGAUGAAAAGGAAAAUGUUUUGCAGGGGGUCCUUCUGCAAACAGGGUUCAAAGGCCAGGGAUACCACUCCAGGGUUCAGCUGGAGGCCGCUGGGUCGCGUGAUUCAACAUCAAUCAAUAUGAGCCCUCACUGCUCGGGCUAGGUCCCAGAGCAGAGCACUACGUCCCGCUUACCCCUUCCCCAAGGGUUGAAGAUCACACCGUUGUGUUCCUCUCUUUCCUAUCGUUCUGCCGAGAACUGGCAAGGCCGCUUCAGAGUAGCUGUUGGCGCAGCUGGGACAUCAGGACGAUGGAACAUCAGCAGCUUCCGGGGCAAUGGGACUAUGACUUCCCUGCUUCCCAUCCCGGAAGGAGUCUGCUUCCUGACAGAUUCUGUUCCCUCCUGGCUCCCCGAGCUGUAAGUCAAACGAAGGGUGAACAUUUCUACACCAGAUGAUGGACUUGGUCGCUGGGGAUCAGCUGUGGCUUUGGAGUCUAAAAAACACACUGGACAUUGUAUGGAUUUCUGAAUCACACUUUUCUCCAUCACCUUACACAGACACACAACACACAUGCACACACACACAUGCUCACUUUUGUAUCCAUUACUGACCAUCAAAAAUAUAUCAACUAAUAUUCUUCAACAUUCUUGAGGUAAAAACCAGGCAUCCCCCCAACUCCCUGUGACUUUUCAAGAAAGGUUUGGAGAGGCCGAUUUUAGUGUCUGGUCUCUGACAGGAUUUCAGGUUUUAGGUGCUCUGACCUUAAGUUGGGUGAUGAUUGUCUGUCAGCAGACUGUUUGCUGUGCUCCUUGCUGGUUCUAAAAAGGGCCCCUGUCCAACCCUAACACUUUGAACAGUGUUCUGCUCAGAGUAGGUGCUCAUUAGGUACAGAUAAAUACAGGUGAGGAGGAUGACAAAGUUCCUGCAGUUUCUGCCAGAGUCUCCCUUGCUACAAGGAAGGGGCACUGGCAGAAUCCAGUUUCACAGGUAAUGAUUUUGGUCUUUAGUACAAAUACACACAGGCAUGAACCAGAAGCAGAGUAGCCUAGUGGAGUCAGAGGCUCUGGGUUCUCAUCUCAUC